ACAAAAUGUCAAUACAAUAGUUCAUCACGGGUUCUUUUUCUGUGGUUUCUAUGUUUUUAGAAUAGUUAGUCGGUAGAGUGAACGCGCGUUUCUUUGUUUAUAAUAUUGUAUGGGGAUUUGGCGUUGAAUAAGUUUGAGUGCUAGUGUUCUUGAUGGUUUCGGGUGACGAUUCCAAUGGUGGUCGAAUAUCGCGCAAAACGACUAGAUCCCCAAAUCGCAAGUGCAAAAAGACAGAUGCAGACCUAGCGAAAGGGUCAACGUUGCGAAAUGGUUCGCAACCUUCGGUCCAUAAGAGGAAUCUUUACGUUGUUUCUUUUCCAAUCAUUAUUUUAUUCAACAUUCUCAGGUCCAUUCUUUACCAGUUAUUCAUAAUAUUUAAGUAUUUGUAUUCGGCUUCUCAUCGGUUGAUGCACAAGCCUCGUAAGAACGGGGAAUGUAACUUGGAAGUGGUUGUGAAGGACGGUGUGGUGUCUACUGAAAUAGCGCACGGAGAAGAAAUGUCGCACAUACACAACGUGGGUCCCGGCGACCCCCUGCUAGCCAAACAAAAGCAUCACCAUCGAAAGGCUUUUGAGUAUAUUUCAAAAGCUCUCAAGAUCGAUGAGGAGAAUGAAGGUCAAAAAGAGUUGGCAAUAGAGUUAUACAAGAAAGGCAUCUACGAGUUAGAGCGUGGCAUAGCUGUGGACUGCUGGGGCGGACGCGGGGACGCCUGGCAGCGGGCACAGCGUCUCCACGACAAAAUGAAGACUAACCUUGGCAUGGCCAAAGACCGUCUACAUUUCCUCGCGAACCUAGUCGCCCUCAGUAAAUUGGGUGUAGAGAGCGAACCGGAGCGGUGCGGCAAAAAGCCUACGGAGUCCCCUCUCAAGGUUCGAAGGCCCCUAGAGAAAUCGAAGACGACGUUACUCGCCCAUACCGAAAGUAACGGUGGCCAAACCAAGUCUUCACCAGAAGUGGCCGGUCGCAAGCUGACGACCGCCGGGCGCCGAGUGCCGGGCGGCAUGGGUGGGCCGCUGAUGAAGUCCCAGACGCUACCCCGAUCCAUGGGCAGGUCCUCGUCGCAGCCAAACAGCUCCAACGGCUCGUACAGCCGGUACCCGGUCAAGCCUGCCUCGACACCGCCCGCUGUGAAAAGACAGCUCUCUGUGCCAGUGAACGGGUCUCCGGUCAGAAGAGCGGUCGGAGGCGGCUCCCAGCGAGGAACGCCCACAAGAAGCCGCACCCCACAAUCUUCGCUGUCCGUGAGGGGCGUUGACCCUAAACUAGUCCAGCUGAUCCUGGACGAGAUUGUAGAAGGAGGCCCGAAGGUGCAUUGGGACGAUAUAGCCGGCCAAGAUGCUGCGAAACAAGCGCUGCAAGAGAUGGUAGUUCUACCGUCAUUGAGGCCAGAAUUAUUCACGGGUCUGAGGUCACCGGCAAAAGGUCUCCUGCUAUUUGGACCUCCUGGAAAUGGUAAAACGCUACUGGCUCGGUGCGUAGCCGCCGAGUGUUCCGCGACGUUCUUCUCGAUAUCAGCGGCGACUUUGACGAGUAAAUACGUCGGCGACGGCGAGAAGAUGGUGCGCGCACUCUUCCAAGUCGCGAGAGAACUUCAGCCGUCGAUAAUAUUCGUGGACGAAGUGGACUCCUUGCUGUGCGAACGUUCGAGCGGGGAGCACGAGGCUUCUAGACGUCUUAAGACCGAGUUCUUAGUAGAAUUCGAUGGUCUGCCAGCCGCUGGGGCCGAUCGGCUUAUAGUGAUGGCGGCCACCAAUCGACCCCAGGAAUUGGACGAGGCGGCACUUAGACGAUUUCCUAAACGCGUGUACGUAUCGCUCCCCGAUCUACGUACGCGUAGUGCGUUACUACGUAGAGUUUUGGCUAGAGGCGCAGCCGCUUCUGCUAUAACGGAGGAUGAAUUGGCUCGACUGGCGGCACUUACGGAUGGCUACUCGGGCAGUGAUCUUACUGCCUUGUGUCGAGACGCGGCAUUAGGACCCAUCAGGGAACUGGACCCUGAGGAAGUGAAAUGCCUGGACUUGUCGUUAGUUCGGAGCAUCACGUUCCAAGACUUCAUGGACGCUUUGAAACGUAUUCGUCCAUCGGUAUCACCGCACAGUCUACUGGCAUACGAGAAGUGGUCAGUGCAAUAUGGCGACUUGGGUCUCUGAGGAAGGCGCUCUUCCAAUACAGGUAUUGACUGCAGAAGAAAGGUGAGUCACUAAUUUUAUAAGAAAGUAUUCAAAGAACAGUGUAAGAACUUGUAAGUGAUUUUAUUUUAUACAAUGCAACGCUCAAUAUCUUCGGAUCAUACUUGAGAACAAACAUUUUGUUUCCUGUUAUUUUAUCGACGGCGAUUCAGCAGUAAAGUGACAUAAUAUGUGUUUAAUGUUCGUUGAAAAUUCGAUAUUAUUGUAUUGUAAUGGAGUACGUUAUGGCGUCUAGUCAGUUUACCGGUAUUUGGAGAGCGUUAAAAAUAUUAUCUAAGUGUUUAAUGUUCGUUGUAGAUCACCGGCUUUUAUAAAUAUAACUAAAUGUGUACGGACGACGAACAAUAAUUCGUAACUUAUAAAAGAUAAUGACACUGAGGAAACAUGUAAAUCUUAUUCCUAAUAUAAAAUCAAUAAAGCCAAUCACUGACAGAUAAUGCAAUUCGACUGAAUAAAGAAGCGCUUUCGAUGUUCUAGACGUGCAAGGGAAUGCUUACGUGUGCUCAAUACUUCUUUACUCGGCCGGGUUACAUUAACCCAGUUGUAUAACCCGUCCAAAAUCAAAAGUGUGUUGUUGUUUAAUGGCCUCUAUGUCAUAAAUGCGCUUUUGAAAAGGCAGUGUUAUCCUUUUGGCUUACAUGAAGAUGAAAAUUUGUUGUUUGACAUUUUUGAAAGUGAGAAAGAGAGAGAUUCUGAUAAAAUUAACCAUUAAUGUACUAAUCUGUGAAAAUAAACCCUAUCUUUUGAAUAUAAAAUUAUGAAUGAAGUUAUUCUACGCUAUUGUUGUUUUUAUUAACUUAAUUGCAUCAGUAUAUAAAUAAUAAUUUGAUUUGUAUUACAUAUAACUUGCUUUAUCUUUGAAAAUGAUGAAUAAAAUUGUUAUAUAAUAAUAGUCUUCACACUUUCUCAAGUAGUACCUCAUUUAGUUAGAUAAAAUAUUUAUUAAUUUGUUGCAUUAAUUUUUAUUGUAGCUAUAUACAAACCAAAUUUUUGUAAAUUGACAGCCCUUAUAUUUUGAAACCCAGGAUCCCUAUUAGAAACCUUUAAAAAAUGUAAUUAUUAUAGUUUUAUUUUAAGAAAUCGUACAAACUAGCUGUACUUUAAUAGGGUUGUCAAUCUGCCAGUGAAAUGAAAUAGCAUUUUAGUUCUUUGUAGAAUAUUACUUUUACCAUUAUUUAUUUAAAUUGUAUUUUUUUUAUAUUUAUACGUAAUAGAUUAUAUUGUUAUUUAUUACCGAACCAUGUGACUAUUUGCCUAUUUUGACAUUUCUAUUGUUCUGUGUAUAGAACAAAUACCAUAUUACCACCACUCUGCCAUUUGCAUUUUAACAUACUCUCGGCUUGGUGCGAAGACUUCGCCUGAAAUGUAUUGAAAUUAAAUUUACACUGCUUUAUUUUAUGUGAUGGAUUCAUACAUCGUUUGAUAAUCAAAAUUGUUUUCAUGUGACUGUUGACAUAAUAUAUUUUUAUAAUUGUCUAUGAAAUUUUUAUUUUGAUUGAAAUUUGUUAAAAAAAAUCUAUUGAUCUUUACGUUAUAUUUUAAUGUUAUAUCAAUAAUGAAUUGUUUUAUUAAUAGUAGCAGUUUUCAUAUUUAAUGCUCUUUUAAUAUACAACGUUUAUUGUAAUGCUGCAAAUCUUAUGAGUAGUUUGUGUUAUUAUCAACAACGUUAUUAAAAACGGUUUUUAAUAUCGUUGGUUAUUAUUUAUAAUUAAUGAUUUGAACAGUGAAAAAGGGUAGUUGCCAUUUCCUUUACACUUUAAGCUGAGAACAAAAAGUUUGCUCAAUACAUACUGUAUCAUUGUGUAUUUGAGCAGAGGAAAAAAAACUAAUGAUAAUAUAAAAUAAAUAUAUUUUCAUAAUAGUUUGUUGUAACAAAUGUGUCUAUCUCUUCGAUUUAAUGUUAUUAUUGGAUUAAUAUCAAUUAUUGGACCACGCGAUUGCAUAUUAUAGUGUCGAAAUAGUGUGCCAUUUUCAAGUAUUUUACGCGACUAAUCGAAUGGACAAUCGAGAUCAUAUUCCACUUUGCCAAAUAACAAACAGCGAUAUUUGUAGGAUUCAAAAAUUUGUAUCAUUGUUGUUAAACAUUUGCGUGUACAGUGGGACUACGCAAAAAUUUGAGCGCUUUGGCAUACUGUAUUCAAUGUUUUAUUAGGCUUUCGCCCAAGAUUUUCAUAACCGAAUUGUAUAAGUUGCGGCACGAAACUGUAGCGCUGACUGUUAUUACGCAGAAGUAAAAAUUAAGAUGUCUUGGGGGGAAACGAGGUGCGCGGGUGGGUGGGCGUGCGUUGCGCUGAUUGGCUCUCUAGUCGUACCCAUGCGCAGCUAUCCCCUCCGUGUUUUGUUCGGCGCUAGAGUUACGUGCCGCGACCUGUAUAAAAUCUUUCGACUAAUAUAAAAAAUAUAUAUUUAAAUUAACAUACUUCCCAUCAUUGUUAUUUCACUAUACAUUCUCGAUUGUUCUGGUCGCUUACUCAGCAAGUUGAGUCAAGUUACUGCCUCUCAAUAUGCAUUAAUUAGACCACGAAUUCUCAUGUGACUUGAUGUAAUUUGUGUCUUUUGAUUAUAUACACACCUAGGUAGAGCAAUCCAAUUAAAACAGGCAAAGAAAACGCCUCAUGUUACGUGCAAUGAUGCGUGACUUUAAUGUCAAAUUGUUUGAAAACAGUCAAUGCCGGCGUGCUGCGUGUGAAGCGAUGAGCUUAUCUAUCAUAUGUAGUAGAUAUUUUUGGGUCGCUUUUAUGCAGUUUAUACGAUAUCUACGCGUGUAUAUAUUCAAAAUUUGUGUCAUUUCUAUAUAUAUUUUUUAUUGUAUUGUAGUCUUUUAUAAAAAGAGGUUUUGUCUAGGCCACCAGUAAUUGAAUAACUGAUUAAGGUAAUUGGAAGUGCAGAUAACUUAUAUCGGCGCACGCGUUUAUUUCAAUGUAUUAAUUCGCGAACUUAAUGACCGUGUAAGCCAAAACGUAGUUAACAUAGUUCUCUAUAGUUAUUCCUAACAAAAGACAGCGAUUAGCGGUUAGUGCAUUUAACUUAGCAUCUAACAUUAAUUAUAGUAAAUAGUUGAUAAAUAAUGUUGUUUCAGAUAAAUAUUUACGCAAUCAAAAGGUGUGUGACCCGGUUUGUAUAAAAUAUCUUUUUCCGUCUUUUAAUUUAUUCGAAACGAACUUUUAGUUUGUAAGUACUGAUGUUGAAAUUCUAUUCUAGUAAUGCUGAAACUGUUUUCUAGCAAACAUUUUCUGGCAUUUUGAAACAAUGUUAUCUUUAAAGUUACCUGUUACUUUCAAGCGAAUUAUAUUAUAAUAACGAACUUCUCUGUUUGUACGUAAAAUUACCAGAUUUUUAUGCUUAAACAGACCUAGUCACAAACCUGAUACCAUGUAGAUACGCUUUGUAAUUGUAGACCUACCAUUCCUAGAGAUAAUUAAGUCAGAUAUAGCAUUUGAGUUCUGCACUUUAGAUAGCAAAAUAUGAAACAAAAAUUGUAGGCGAACUGAACAGAUGUUUCAGGUAAAGUUUUCAAGACCCGGUGUUUAUUACUCCAAAAUACAAAAUUUGAUUAUCAGUAUCUUAGACAUCUAUGUUACUCCAUAUUAUAAUAACGGCAAACUGUUAAAUACAAAAUGAAAUUUAUAUAAAUGUGUGUAGAGAUUUCUGGUCUCUCUAAUCGCAAUUGUAAACCUUCUAGCAGUACGGCGUCUUCCCAAAUGUUUGUAACUAUUAUAAUAUAACGCACGGGCGUAGCCGGGUUUUAGUAUCGGGAGGGGGUUCAAGAAAAUAAAAUUACUGAAAGCAUGCAAUAACCUUUAUAUUAAAUGAAAAAUAUGUAAAAAAAAAGAAACGGAAGGUUAAUUAGAUUACAUAUGCACUACAGAAUUAAUCUUCUGUUUUUUUUUAAAUAUAUCCCAUCAAUCAUCUCUCAUCAAUAUUCGCAUCAAUUUCUAUCCCAUAGUGAAUAUUCAUGUGAGCCAAGAGUAAAGGGUGAAUCUAAAAUAAAUUAUUAGUGUAAUAAUUAUUACUAAUUAAAUAAGCUAUGUCGCUCGCCUCUCCCUAUUUUAAUAUUAUUGAUAUCUUAACUUUUCGGGGAGGGGGGGGGGGAGGGGUUUAACCCCCAAAACCCUCCCCCUGGCUACGCCCGUGAUAUAACGUUACAAUCAAUACACCGGGUCAGAGCAUAGUGUGAGUGUGAAGCUAGUAUGAUGUAUAUUUUAUUCAAACGGGCUUGCGACAAAAUGUAAAAAAUAAGGGAGUUAAUACAUUCAUUCCUUUCUAUCGCAUUGGAAACUUCGUUUUUCCAGAGCGAGAUAGCUAGUGUUGGCCGACCUACUAUCGAUUUAAGACGCAAGCAAUUCACGACCCAUUAAAUUGCCUCAACUGUGUAUGUUUUCUCACUUGUGAACAGGUAUUAUGUUUUGUAAUGUCUUAACAUUAAAACGAUUUCCACUCUUUUUUCAAUACAAUAAAGGCUCCGGCAAUGUCAAAUUGUCACCAACGACUAAGUAUUUCACUGUAUGACCUAAUUUAGGUACAUUUUGUCUGAGCUCGGCUGAAUAGUGCGUAGGCGCAUCGUUUCGUUUAAGGAACCAAUCAUGUGAGAAUUGGAUGUUCAUAAGUCUGAGAAUAUUGACAUAUUAAUGUACUUACUCCAUCUUGUACCGUCAGUCGAUAUUGAACCUGAUUUAAUGAAGUUAAUAUUCUUUGGAGUAAUUUUUGGAAUGUGAUUUAAUAUGCUUCAAUGUAACGUAAAUCAUAACGUAAUAAAAGCGACGUCGAAAUAGGUCUUCAAAAAACGGACUGUACAAGAUUGUAAAUAAAUGGAACGUUAAGUGUGGGUAGUGGUUAAUUUAAGAGAUUGUCACGUAUGAAACGAGACGCAUUUUUUGAGGAAUUAAGAAAAGUUCUGAUGAGGAACGAUGAAGUGUCAAAUGAGAUACUGUCAGCUUCCAAAAUAUUCAACAUUCGACUUUAUUACAAUGUGUUAAGGUGGACGAUUCCGCGAUAGUGCUUUUAUAUUUUCCAAGCUGACAAUACAUACAUAUUAAUAGAAGGGCAAGUGUGCAACAGUUUUGUCAAGCGCACAAGAAGCUUGACAUAUCGUUGACAAAAAAUAGUUUUUACAGAACAAUGCAUAGUGUACUCCUGUAUUAGGUUAAAAAUAUAUUUCACGUCCUUGUGUCGUAUGUCUAUUAUCUUAAAGUUUUUUUAAAGUCUUAUCGCAAUCUUCUUAACCACAGUAGGUACAAAUAUACGAAAUAUUUGCAGGUUGUGAGAAUCUGCGUUAUUAAAAAAUUACCAGUAAGUUUUAACAUGUAUUCCUUGUGCUAAAGAAUGAAGAAAUAACGUUCUAAAUUAUAAUUUAUUUGGUUGUGGUGCUCUAAGGAAAAUAUUUAGAUACUGCUAUCACUAUUGAUAAAUACAGCAGUAGCAAUUUAUUUCUGGUUUUACGAGUAAUCAUCUACGAUAAUGUUGACUUAUUGAUUUUAUAACACUAGUCUAAAUUGAAUACUAAAAUUAUUGUUAGUUAUAUUACCCCGUGUUUUGAUAACUUAUUAAUUACCUUGGCUACAUAUGUUCUGAGCCCAGGGUAGAUUGAAAUAAAAUGUCCCUAAAUUUUUGGAUUAGUUAAAAAGCAUCACUUUCUACUCGAGAUAAAUGAAACAGCAAUAUUUUUACUACUCAGUAAAAAGACAUUUCGUUAACAAGAAUAUCAAAAUCUUUUUUUUGGAUUGCCUAGUCCUUGAAAAACUGGUGAAACAGUCGUAAAAAAGGUCAGACAUUGUGUAGCUUCGCUUUUACUCGAAAAACGAUUAAAAAAAUACAAGUUACGUCACAGAUUCAAUGUAACCUAAUUUGGCGGAGCCCGAAACUGGCAUGUUUCUCUAUAUCUAAACUAAAAUUUGACAUUCGUGUAUCCAUGAGGUCUUUACAGAAUCGCAAGGAGAGACUGUUAUCAAAAUUGAUUUUAAGUUAAGAGAAUCAUGCGAAAUCCAAACCCUUUGUCUAACUAAACAGAAAAGUAACUGAAUAUCCAAUUAUGACACUUAUACGCUUUACUGUAACGGGCAAAUAUUUUAUUGCUCAAAAUCUUAUACCAUACAGGGCUAACAUUAUGAAUUUAAUGAUAAUAACUAUUAAGGGUGUUGAUAUCAUUAUUAUAGCUUCGCUUCGCUGUGAUAUUGAUGAUGAACCCAAUGCCUUAUAAACUUAAUUUUUUGCGCACCUUUUGGGAAUAUAACGCUCGAUUUUAUUAUUACGAUUCGUUUGGUAUGCUUAUUUGUGUUGUGAAUUUCAAUUAUUAUUUAGCUAUUUGUUGUUGAAAUUUCUGGCUUAGUGAUGAAUUUCAAAUUGAUCUCAAUCCUUAAUAUUAGUUAUGCCGACUGAUUUGACGUAAUAAUACUUACAUAUAUGUAUCUUGUAAAAUGUGUGUUUUUAUUAAAAUUAUUGCAGUAUGUAAUUGUUGUAACAUAUUUGUUUAAAUUAUAAUAAAAUUAUUGUUUCUAAACAUUUAAAACUUCACACCAAUCAGCAACCAAACGACAAAAUUUUAAGAUAUCGAGCUUCAUAAAUACUUUAUAAGUGGAUUUUUGUGACUGAUUGUUACUUAUACUUAAAACUGGACACGUGAUUAUAUUAAAUAAUAUUUGGAAUUAAUGACUUGCUUUAAGUGUCGUUAAAACUUAAAUCGUUGAGAUUUAAUAAAAGAAAGGGCCUUGUGAGAAUGAUAUUAAAAGAUUUAAAAACUAACAACAGGGUCCGUACUAUGAACUCGUAUAGAACAUAUAAAUGAGCAUAUUCAACUCAAACUGAUCUUUAUUACUGAG